CCCCGAGCCGCAAACCUGCAACCACCUUCCCAAAUCCUAGUUCUCGCUUCUCGUCGUCUAGCCUCGGCCCGUUCCAAAAGCCCCGCAGCUCUCGCAUCUCAUCAGACGCCACCACCACCUCCGGCGACCGAAGAUGAUCUCUCCGGAUGCAGCCCGCAACGUCGUAGGCAUCAUCGGCAAUGUCAUCUCCUUUGGCCUCUUCCUCUCCCCAGUUCUGACGUUCUGGCGGAUCUGCAAGGCCAGGGACGUGGAGGAGUUUAAGCCUGACCCCUACCUGGCGACGCUGCUCAACUGCAUGCUCUGGGUGUUCUACGGCAUCCCCGUCGUCCACCCUAACAGCAUCCUCGUCGUCACCAUCAACGGCGUCGGGCUCGUCAUCGAGGCCAUCUACCUCACCAUCUUCUUCCUUUACUCUGAUGGCCCGAAACGCAGGAAAGCGUUCGGAAUCCUGGCCGUGGAGAUUUUGUUCAUGGUCGCCGUGGUGCUUGGUGUGAUUUUGGGCGCCCACACGCACGAGAAGCGCUCCAUGAUCGUCGGCAUUCUCUGCGUCAUUUUCGGCUCGAUGAUGUACGCCUCCCCACUCACCAUUAUGAGCCGUGUGAUCAAGACCAAGAGCGUUGAGUACAUGCCCUUCCUCCUCUCGCUGGUGAGCUUCCUCAAUGGCUGCUGCUGGACGGCCUACGCGCUCAUCCGCUUCGACCUCUACGUUACGAUCCCCAACGCCCUUGGCGCCUUCUUCGGUCUCAUCCAGCUAAUCCUCUACUUCUGCUACUACAAGUCGACCCCCAAGGAGAAGAAUGUGGAGCUGCCCACCGUCUCCAGCAACGCCGGCGGCGGCAACGUCACCGUCAGCGUCGAGCGAUAGGCGACGUAGCUGCAGCGGCAGCGCCGCCGCCCGUCGAGAAAGAACUCGACGAGACGUACUUUAGCAAUAGUAGUUGCCAUUCAUCGCUCUUCUAGGAUGGUUUGUUUUAAGUGAGUGCUACCUAGUUUUGCCCGGUGCGUGUCGUGUCAAAGAACAGUUAGGGGUGUUUGGUUCACCCAAUUAAAUAAAGUUAAAGUUUAGUAUUUGCUCUGAAUGUUUGAAUAAUAAUUAUGACUAUUAAAUAUAGUUUUAA